UCAUUCAUCGUUUUGACAAUGACUCAGAUGUCAAGUCAACAAUUUUGUAUUUUUAUUUUAUUCUAAUUCUUGCAUAGCAUUAAACGUUUAAUUUAUAUAAAUGAUUAAAAAUCGUAACUAGAUUUAUAUACUUAUAAACAACCUGCACAAAUAUGGCUCUUUACGAGGGUAUAGCCCUCAUUCAAGAGAAACAAGCCGUAGUGUUGGAUCUAGGCACCGAUUAUACCAAAUUUGGUUUUACUGGUGAAGCAGCGCCGAGAUGUAUCAUUCGCUCCGAAUUUUGGUGCACAACAGAGCGACGUUUCAAACGAGUAUACGACUAUAAAACAGAAGAAGAACUGUAUGAAAACCUUGUGCACAUGCUUCAUCGGUUAUACUUCAGACAUGUCCUCGUGAAUCCAAAGGAGCGUAAGGUGGUGGUUGUUGAAUCACUUCUUACACCAACCCUUUUCAGAGAGACAUUGGCGAAAGUGCUCUUUACCCAUUAUGAGGUUUCAGGUGUAGUGUGGGCAGACAGUCCGAGGCUGUGUGCUCUUACACUCGGAACACCAGUUGCUCUGAUAGUCUCCAUUGGUGCCAGGGACGCUGAAGUUGCUGCAGUGGUGCACGCAUCGGUGGUACUGCGGGCUCUGCAAUCUCAGCCGUUAGCAGCGCGCGCUAUCCACGACGAGCUCGCCAGGCUGCUGGACGAGGAUAAUGGGCAAGAACUGCAUCUGUCUGAUCACAUUAUUGAAGACAUAAAAGUGAAAACGUGUUUCGUGGGAAGCCGCGAACGUGCCCAGCAAUGGGCAGACGGUGAACAACCGAGCCCGGCACGCAGUGUUCAGUAUCCGGUGGCAGGCAGGACUGCCAUCACUGUAUCAGGACGCACAAGGGAGUUAGCGGCCAAACCACUGUUUGCUAGGGACAACGAGCUAGCAUCGUUGCCUGAUAUUGUCCUGCAGUGUAUUAUGCAGUGCCCCAUCGACGCCCGUCGUGCUCUGGCUGAGAACAUCCUGGUCACCGGUGGUACGGCGGCCAUGCCCGGACUGAAAGCGCGGCUCGCCCACGAACUCAGAUAUCUCGUCACACAGCCACCAUAUAGUUCCCGUUUGAUGGUGCGCACAUUCAAGUUCCACCGUGCGCCCGCGCAUGACAACGCGUGUGCAUGGGCAGGCGGCGCGCUAGGUGGCGCCGCUGACGCCGCAGGAACACGUGCAACGCCCCGUGACGUGUACGCACGCCGUCGUCGUCUGCGCGAUUGGGUGUGUCUACUCGACAACACGCCGCCCGACCAUCCACAUCACGCACACCAACUAUAGCUACUUCUUCACACAUAACCACAUAUAGUACACACACAACCGCUAUGACGUGUGGUCUCUUCAUACUAAACGGUGCAUGGCUGUCGCGUUAUAGUAUGAUAUAGAUGGAUAGGCCACUAAAAUUAUAGGAACAAAAGUAUAUAUCUAUUUAAGCAAACAUUUAAUCGUAAGAUAAUAUAGUUAUUGGAUUUAUUUCGAUAUCAAAAAUCUAACAACACAGUUUUUCUAUAUAAAGAAAACUGCCUAAAAACAGUUUCUAUAAUGGAACAGAUACUUAGAGAUGUUUCUGUUUAAUAAUUAUUAUAAUGUUUGUAUUAUAAUUUUUGUAUAAUAUUAGUGGCUGUAUUCAUUUAUUUUGUUUCAAAAUUCUGCACGCUAUACAUUCAAUUAAGUCUUAAAAAGUAUUUAUAUGUAAAAUAAAGAAUAAAUUAUUAACAGUUA